CUGGAGCCCAGCGGCAGAGGCGGACAGUGGCGGCGGCGGCGGCGGCGGGGGCAAGGGGGGGCUCUUAGGCCGCGAGCGAGGCGGCCCCGGCGGUCGCGCCAUGGACUCGGGCGCCGAGGAGUACGAGCUCAACGGCGAUGUGCGCCCGGGUUUCCACGGCUCCCCGAACGCCUCGCCACUGCGCUGGGUCGGGAGAACCCAGCCCAUCAACAUAAACCACUAUGCCAACAAGAAGAGUGCAGCCGAGAGCAUGCUGGACGUCGCCCUCCUGAUGGCCAACGCCUCCCAGCUCAAGGCUGUGAUUGAGCAGGGCCCCAGCUUCGCCUUCUUCAUGCCCCUUGUGGUCCUCAUCUCCAUCUCCCUUGUUCUCCAGAUUGGCGUGGGCGUGCUGCUCAUCUUCCUCGUCAAGUACGACCUCAACAACCCAGCCAAGCAUGUCAAGCUGGACUUCCUCAACAACCUGGCCACAGGCCUGGUGUUCAUCAUCGUGGUGGUCAACAUCUUCAUCACAGCCUUUGGCGUCCAGAAGCCCGUGACCGAUAUGGCUCCCCAGCAGUAGGGAAUUCAGGGUCCCCGGAUGACUCCUGCCCGUGGCCUGGUGCCCAGAACCAGGAGCUCCUUGUCCCCACAGCAUCUGCCUCCCCCAUUGCCCAUGGCUGGGGAUACCUCCAGGAUGAGCUUCACCUGAGCGCUCUUGGCUGAACCUGCAUGCUGAGCUGUGGCAGGCCCAGAGGCCAGAACUAGAGACUCCCUACCCCCUGAGAGCUGUGCCCCAUCUCACAGUGGGGCUAGCGAGGGGCCACAACUCACCCAAGGACACAGAGCUAGUCCAGGACAGGCCAGCUGUUGGCCCUUGGCCCUCUGUCUCAGGACAUUCCAGAGGGAGAGGGAGACACCCCUCUCCCUUUGCUGAUGCCACCAGCUUCCUGGGCCUCAUGGGGCCCUGAGUCUCCCAGGCAACACAGUGCCUUCUGCCAGCUUUGGCACUGGGGUUGGGCUUUGUGCCUUGGCUGUGGUGGGUACCCCAAGGGAGCCCAGAUGGCCUGGGCCGGCCCUGGCCCUGUGCUUACCCACCCUCGGGCCUGCCCGCCCUCCACCAGCAGGGGUGGGGCAGAGCCCCAAGCCCGUCUAUUUUCUAAGCAUGAAAUGACAAUAAAUCUCCCA